GCCAGUUGACUAGUUGCCAUUGCGCUAAACGGUCGCUUUGGUCUUUUCUAAUUUACGAUUCGGUCGUGAAAUCGAGUCACAGCGGCGACGCACACAUACAUACAUAUUAUACAUAUAAAUGUACAUAAGUAUGCAGAUCAAUCGAGUAAAUACAACAACUGCUUAGAAAAUAUUGUUUACCGAGUGAUACAGAUGAUUUCAUCAACCUAUUGAUAUGAUACUUUUUGUAAAUCAGUACAAUAAUUUAAGAUUAUGGUGAUUUUUAUAAUUAAACAUUUCCAGUAAAACAACAUUACCGUAUGUUUAUUGUAAGCAGCAAAAAAAAGUUAUAGUGUCAAAUUUUGAAAUUGAAUCAAGGCAGAAUUCCAGAAAAAAUAUCAACUAAAAUAAACAAACAAAAUGGCAGCCGUACAAACUAUCGAUCAAAUUAAGCUGGGCUUUAAAAUGGUCGACUUCAAAGUACAACAACGACGUUUUCGUACCAAUGAAAAAACUAUCAUUAGUACCGUUUACGGUCCCGUAAAGGGUGUCAAACGUAGAUCAAUCUAUGGAGAUUCUUACUACAGUUUCGAGAGGAUACCCUUUGCGAAGCCACCAAUAGGAGAGCUACGCUUUAAAGCGCCGCAACCACCUGAACCAUGGAUUGAAGUACGGAGUUGUACUUCGCAAGGACCGAAACCAUUGCAAAGACACUUCGUUUUCCAAAUGACAGAUGGCUCUGAAGAUUGUCUCUACCUGAAUGUGUAUACAAAAAAUCUAAACCCACCAAAACUUUUGCCGGUUAUGGUAUGGAUUUAUGGCGGUGGCUUUCAAUUUGGUGAGGCUUCACGUGACCUCUAUAGUCCGGACUAUUUGUUGCGCGAAGAUGUUAUGGUCAUUUCUAUAACAUAUCGUUUGGGACCAUUUGGUUUUCUCUGCAUGGAAGAUCCCGCUUUCGAUGUGCCAGGCAAUGCUGGCCUCAAGGAUCAAGUAAUGGCUUUACGUUGGGUUAAGGAAAACUGUGAGCGCUUUGGUGGCGAUAGCAAUAAUAUCACGAUUUUUGGUGACAGUGCUGGUGGGGCCUCGGUACACUAUAUGAUGAUCACCGAACAAACACGCGGUCUUUUUCACAAAGCGAUUUCCAUGUCCGGUAAUGCGCUAUCACCUUGGGCUGUUACACCGCAACACAAUUGGCCAUACCGUUUAGCGGUGGCUGCUGGUUAUACGGGAGAGGAUAAUGAUAAUGAGGUUUUUGAAUUUUUGUACAAGGCCAAAGGUGCGGAUAUAGUGAAGGCCAACGAAGACUUAUGUUCCGAAGAGGAGAAACGUGAACGUAUUGGUUUCUCUUUCGGUCCGGUUAUCGAGCCGUAUAUAACAGAUCAUUGCGUGGUGCCGAAAAGGCCAAUUGAAAUGAUGCGCACCGCUUGGAGUAAUCAAAUACCGAUGAUAAUUGGCGGUGUAUCAAAUGAGGGGCUAUUAUUAUAUUCCGAAACCAAAUCUAAUCCGAAACUACUUAAUGAGCUGGGAGAUUGUCGUUUUGUAGUGCCGCUAGAACUUGGCAUGGAUCGUGAAAGUGAACUAUGCAAGGAGUUCGGCAUGCAAUUACGUAGAACCUAUUAUGGUGACAAGGAACCAAGUUUAGAGUGCUUACAUGAGUAUUUAUUGAUGGUAUCGCAUGAAUAUUUUUGGUUCCCUAUUUAUCGCACAGUAUUGUCACGUAUGACCUAUGCUACAGCACCCACCUACAUGUAUCGGUUUGAUUUCGAUUCGAAACAUUUUAAUCACCUGCGCAUACUCAGUUGUGGCAAGAAGGUACGUGGCACAUGUCACGGCGAUGACCUCUCCUAUUUGUUUUAUAACUCUGUGGCACGUAAACUGAAACAUCACACGCGCGAGUACAAAUGUAUUGAACGGCUUGUGGGUAUGUGGACACAUUUUGCUGCAUAUUCCAAUCCCAACUAUGAUCCAGAGAAUGCGGAUUUGUGGCAACCCCUAUCGGAUGUGAAUGUGGAGAAACGACAAUUAAAGUGCCUUAAUAUAUCUGAUGAUUUGAAGGAGAUAGAUGUGCCGGAGUUGAAAAAAUUAUUAGUUUGGGAAAGUUUUUUCCCGCGUGAUAGAUUAAUAUGAGCAAUUGCUUGACUAAAGUGGGAAUCAUAAAAUGAGGAUAUGAUCUUAAUUGAAAAAAUCGUUUAGAGCUAGUUUAUAUGUAGCUGAAAAGAACGUAACUCGAAAGUAGGUAUUUGGGAAUAAAAACGAAGAACAGUUGCUUGAUUAAAAAAAAUUUAUAGGUUUAUAUUUAAAAUUGCCAUAGCUUUAAUUUUGUGUAAAUUUUAUUAACGCUCAUAAGGAAUUGAUUUUUGAAAUGUUAGUAUACUUUAAAGUAAGCCAUUUCUACCAAGUUAAAAGUGGAGAGAGUGUUUUGAUUAGGAUUACUCAGUUUUCUUAAAUUUACGUGUGACAAAUGUGUAUGUUACGCGGCUUAAAUGACAAAUAAGGUUAACUAAUUAUUAAUAUUAUAAUGAGACCAAAAUAACCGACUCAUAUAGCGCAACGGUUAACUUGUCAUAACACAUUGCAGAGCUUAAAGCUCUACAUAUUUAUAUGUAAAUAUUUAUAUAUAAUUAUAUUUGUGACAUCUGUGUUUUUUAUAACCAAAACGUAAAAGAAUAUAAACUUAACAAAAAACUAACCGCCGCUUGAUGUAAACCACCAAUCUUAUUGCCAUUUAUGUAUAAAAAUGAAAAAAAAAAUAAUAAUUAUAACUGUGUUUAAAGAACUCAAACUAAAAUGACAAAAUAAGUGAAUUGUUGUGAUUAUCUCCUUAUUGUAAGCUUAGCUACAGCUAGUAAGCGCAGUGUUCCAAUAUCAAGAAAACUUCGCAGCAUACAGAGCUUAUAAUACCUGCAGCGUUCCGAUCACGGUGAAUUUUUUUUUUUUAAAAAUGCCAAACACUUUUUGAUCCGACUCCUCCAAUGCAGAGCCAAAUGUCGUAAAUUUUGAGAAAAUAUAUUAAUAUAAAAAAUUACUAAUAAAUAAAAUAAUACUAGCAAAAAUAUAAAAUAUAUUUUUAAACUUUAAAUAUUUACAGGCACUCAAAACAAUUUUUUUAUUACGAAACAUUUAUAUAAUACUUCAAAAGUUCUCAGAGAACUAAUAGUUAUAGCCAUAGAUUUAGGUAGGCUUAACAAAUAAAAAGAAAAUAUCAUUUUGACAAUUUUUUUACAUUCGUGAUUUAAUUGUGUACCUACAGUUACCGCUUCUUAGCAAAAGCUGAAACAAAAAAAUUAAUAGAAAAUUAUGCAAUAAGCUGUGUAAAGACAAAUUUAUGGUUACUACAUUUUAUACUAAAUGUUUAGACAUUUAUUUACAUAUGUAUGUGUGCGCAAGCUAAGCGCAGUAAAGUAAGUACCUAAAUAUGUAUGAAUGUUCCAACUGCAGUACCUUUUUAUAUAAAAAAAAAAACACAGAAAAAAUGUGUCAAGUAA